UCCUAGAAUAAAGAGUGUAGAUUUGAUGAUGAUCAGACCAAUAUUUUAAAACUUGUCCAGCUCCAUGUAUAACUUGCUUUUAUGCAAGUGCUGCAGUUUGUAAAUGCAUUCAUUUUUUUGUUUCUGGGAUUUUGAAUAUAAUCGUAGACAUCCGUGAAAAAUUUUUUUUGUUCAGCCAGAAAUGCUUUGAGGUUUUUGUUACAGGACAGUCAGUUACCUCAAUAAAAACCAACAAAAUGCCUUUUUUUUCAUAUCACUUAUGAUAGUACUUUCACCAUUCCUUGAAAAUAAAAUUGUAUGAAACAUACUUUUGAAUUACAGAGGCAGGAAAUGAAAAAAUAUGCAUUGAUAUGAUUGAAAAAAUUCAGAGAUGUGUGUAGGCAUGCAAGUGUGUCUGGAAGUCCACAUCAGGACAUCCAAAUUGCUGACAGCUCCACUUUUCACAUUUGGAGUCAAAUUCUCUGCUCUGAUUUAAGAAUCCCCACAGCCCACAAGUCAGAAUCAGGCUGCCUUAGUCUACCUAUGGGAGAAAAGGAAACGCCAAAAAAUCAUUGUUGGGCAUUAGUUCAUCAGACUGAAGCAAAGGACCAUCGGAUUUCUAGUCCUCAAGGGUUCUUCACGCUGAGAGUAGCGACGUGCGAAUGCGUGCAUACACAUACAGGGAUACAGACACCUUUCCGGUUAUCUGAGUCGGCCAGCAAACUUCACAUCUGACCUCUUCUCUCCAGGCCUUUCAAACCGGCGUGUCACGGUCUCCCUCGUGCUUCGGGUCUCGACUCGCGCCUUCGGGCUCCUCAUGCGCGCCUUUCUUGCCCCCUUCUCUACCGGGGCCCGACGGCCCAUUCCCAGCCCCUCCCUAGAUAGGACCGGGCCCCGACUGGGGAAUGCCCCGAGGAGCAGCCUGCAGGGGCGGAGGAGAGUAGGACGGCUGCUGAGGGGAAGAGAGCAGCAGCCUCGGCGGGGUGUGAUGUCAGCAGCCGCGAGGAGGAGCCUGCCCUUGCGGGCUCUUUUACUUUUAGGCUCCGCGCCACCGCAAGCGGCCACUGCCGGAGCCGCGUCCGCCCGGCUCCACCAUGCCAUCCCGGGGGCCGGUCGCCUCCACCGCCGCUUCGCUACUGGCCCGGGGAACUUUGGGCGCUCCCGCGGCUCUGCUUCUCUGAGGCGCGCGCUCUCUUCCCGCCUGCCGGGCAUGGCGCUGCCUGCAACUGCUUCAUGAUGAUGAUGGUGGUGAUGAUGAUGAUGUUUGUGGUGAUGGUUAUUAUUACUGCUCUGCAUCAACGCCGGGCAUGUGAAAGCCCAAGCGUCAUGCCAACAACGCGCCUGUUUCUGCUUCGUCCCUUCAGCCUCCUGCUGCUGCUGCUGGGGCCGCAUUUCUUUGUGGGAUCUUUCUCCCUCGGCUCUGCCUCCUCUCCCUCGCCCACCGAGCGUUCCUCCGUCGCGACGGCGGGGCCUCGGGCAGUGGUGUCGAUCCGGGGGGGAUCCACUUUUCUUGCGGCUUCCUCCUCGCUGCUUCCUAGGGAGAAAGGAAGCCCGCAGCCUUCCGCCGCGUCUGUCAGCGUUUGGGAUCGGACGACGGAUCGAGGCGGCGGCAGCGACAGCCCGGCCGUUAUGACCAGACAAAAGGAUGUAGAAAAUCCAAACACUGAAGCAAAGAUUUCCACUUCCUAUAUACGGAGUCUACAUGCAUCCAGUACAUCUGGAAAUGAUAAAGUAAGGACGUUUUGGACCAACCUCGCUUCAGCAUCUGUAGCUGCCACAAGAAGUACCACAUCUUAUACCAAACUAAUCAGAUCUGUGAAUGUGACACCACAGUUAUCUCAAAUGACACAAACUAAGCGAGCAAGUGCCUCACCAAAUAUGGUGGGUAUUGCCAGUUCUGAAUCAGUGACUUUGAGGAAGCAUUUUCCCAAGACAGCAAAUUCUCCAUUUUUGGAGAAAAAACAUCCAGCCAUUGAGAACUACCACCAUACAGCUAGUACCUGGAAUGAAGACAGCACAACUUCCAGUUUCCAUACUCCAGGCAUGGACAGUUCAGCCACACUCAGUCAGAGUUCAGAAAGGACUUCCCGCUUUUUUAGAGAGAACUUCACUGGAAAUGGGCCAGCUACUCCAAAAGAACUUGCUACAUCUUCUGGUCAAAUCCAAUGGUCACCUCAUGUAACAUUGCCAAUACCCCAAAGUAGGACAUCGAAUGCUAAACAGCCUGAUUCUUUAACAAGGAUUGUGCUUACUCGGUCUUAUACUUCUCCACAAACUAAUACUCAUCAGUUAAGCAGAAACUCCAACAUAGAGAGAAGAAUUUCCAGGUCUGAUAUGGAGUAUAUGACACUUCUGAACAUAUCCAAUAAAAGUGAGGAGAAGAUAUUUCAAACUAUAAGAGACAUCAGCAGUUCUCAAGAUCCACAUUCUAAAUCUGCUGUCUCAAACCUUGAAAUGUCCACCAGUGGGGAGAAGAUACUACGAACGGUCAGAGACAUCAGCAGUUCUCAAGGUCCACAUUCUACAUCUGCGGUCUCUAAUCUUGAGAUAUCCACAAAUGGGAAGAAGACACUACAAACACUCAGCGAUAGCAGAGGUUCUCCAAAUCCACAUUCUGUGUCCACAAUUCCUAACCUUGAAAGAUCCACAAAUGGGGAGAAGAUACUACGAACGGUCAGAGACAUCAGCAGUUCUCGAGGUUCACAUUCUACAUCUGCGGUCUCUAAUCUUGAGAUAUCCACAAAUGGGAAGAAGAUACUACAAACACUCAGCGAUAGCAGAGGUUCUCCAAAUCCACAUUCUGUGUCCACAAUUCCUAACCUUGAAAGAUCCACAAAUGGGGAGAAGAUACUACGAACGGUCAGAGACAUCAGCAGUUCUCAAGGUCCACAUUCUACAUCUGCGGUCUCUAAUCUUGAGAUAUCCACAAAUGGGAAAAAGAUACUACGAACUCUUAGAGAUAGCAGAGGUUCUCAAAAUCUACAUUCUGUGUCCACAAUUGCUAAUCUUGAAAUAUCCGCAAAUGGGGAGAAGUUACUACGAACUCUCAGCGACACCAGCAGGUCUCAAGGUCCACAUUCUACAUCUGCUGUCUCUAAUCUUGAAAUAUCCGCAAAUGGGGAGAAGAUACUACAAACUCUCAGAGACAUCAGCAGGUCUCCAGGUCCACAUUCUACAUUUGCUGUCUCAAAACAUGAAACAUCCACCAAUGGGGAGAUGAUAUUACGAACUCUCAGAGACACCAGCAGAUCUCAAGGUCCACAUUCUAAAUCUGCUGUCUCAAACCUUGAAAUAUCCACAAAUGGGGAGAAGAUACUACGAACUCUCAGAGAUAGCAGAGGUUCUCAAAAUCUACAUUCUGUGUCCACAAUUCCUAACCUUGAAAUAUCCACAAAUGGGAAGAAGAUAAUACAAACUCUCAGAGACAUCGGCAGGUCUCAAGGUCCACAUUCUAAAUCUGCUGUCUCAAACCUUGAAAUAUCCACCAGUGGGGAGAAUAUACUACAAACUGUCACAGAGAGCAGAGGUUCUCAAAAUCCACGUUUUGUGUCCACAAUUCCUAACCUUGAAAUGUCUGGCUCUUCAGGCCCCAAUGAUUCUUCUUACGUGGUAGUGCCUGCAGACUCCCAACAAAUGGAACUGUCAACACAAGACACUGUUGAAACUAAAGCAACAGACAGACAUUCUCAGUCUCUUUCUGCAACUACAGUGACCAAUCAGAUGUCCAUGGAAAGCCCACAUACUAGAGAGAAGUGCAAAACACCUUUCUGCUCAUGUUCUCAAGCAACUGAUAUAGAGAGGCAUCCCAAUACUUAUACUAGAGCUGUGGAAGAUACUAAACAGAUGAACAGCAGAUCAAACACAGAGAGAAAAAUGUCCAGUUCUUACUUGGACAGUGUGACUGUUUCAAGAGUAUUGGUCAGAGAUGAAAAAAAGUCCAAGAAUAUAACACAAACAUUCGCCACCACUAAUACUUCCAGUUCUUCAAGGCUUUCAUCCAGGCCAGAAAAGACUGAAGAAAUGGAUUUGUUACACAGGGAUUUCGUUGUCACAAAAGAAGCAUUUACAUUUUCUCAAGCUUCUACAGAACAGAAUGAUCAGCAACAGAGCAGCUUAGAUAUGGAGAGCAUUACUUCUAAUUUUCACACAGAGAAGAGAUCUGACAGAAGUGGGAAGAGGAUAAUAGGGCACACCAGUAGUUCUUACCAUCCGGAGUCACUAUCCACAGCUUCUCAGAGUGAAAUACCCAGCAGUUCAGCUCUUACUGAUUCCUCUUCUGUGCUGACUCCAAUUCAAACCAGACAAAAAGAUUUACCACCUGGGUUCACCAAUGUCAUGGAAGCAGAAAGUACACAUCCUUGGGAUUCCUCACAAGCAACAGCUGCAGAAGAUAGCCACUUGAGCAGUUCUAAUAAAGAGAAAAUUUCCACUUUUCAGAGAGAUGGUGUAUCUGUUUCAAGUCUAUCAAAAAGAGGUGAAGAUAGUACACUACGAACUGUAAGGGAUGUCAGUAGUUUUGAAAGUGAUACACAGACGCCUACUGUUGCCAAUGCUACCAUCUCCGGCAAUUCAGAUGUUGCUCAUUCUUUUCAUGUGAAAACUCCAGAAGAGAUCAGCCCAGAUUUGUCACCUGAAGACACUGAUUUUACUGAAGGAAUGCUUAUACCUUCCCAGGCUCCUUCAAAAACAACGGUCAAAGAGAGUGGUCAGUCAAGUACAGAGGGCAUUUUCUCCACUUAUCACCUGAACAACAUCUCCAUUUCAGUUCUAUCUGGCUUAGACGGGAAGAGGACAUUACGAACCCCGAGAGAUGUCAGUGAUGCUCACAAUGUAACACAAGGAUCCAUAGCCUGGCAUAAUGUAACCUCUAGUUCUUCAGGCCUCACCGGUUCUUCGUACCUGUUAACUCCAGUAGAAACAGAUUUAACUCCUCAGACCACUGAUUUCACUGAAGGAACAAGUACACAUUUGCAAGCUUCUUCGGAAAAAGCAGGUGUAGAAAGCAGCAGCUCAAAUAUAGAGACCAGAUUUUCCCAUUCUGAUCAGGACAGUGCAUCUGUUUCAAGUUCAUCAGACAGAGAUAAGGAGAUCACACUACAAACUUUAAGAGAAGUCAAGAAUGUUUAUAAUAUUACCCAAACAUCCAGUUCUAUGAAUGAUAACAUCACCAGCUCAUUCAAUAUUGCUGAUUCUUCUUAUACAAUGACACCCAAACACACCAGAGAAAUGAAUUUAUCAUCUGGGAAUAAUGAUUUCACUGAAGAAGCACUUAUAUAUUCUGAGGCUCCAUCAGAAACAACAGACACCAGAAGUAGGCACCAUGCCUUGAGCAACUUCAAUAUAGAGAAGAAGGCCACUCAGACUGAGAGUAUGUUCUCUUCUACUGUGAUCAAAGAUGAGACAUUUGUAUCUUUAACUAAUCAGAGCAGAUCCAUAGACACAACAGAGUUGUCAGUGUUUGAUGCUGGUUCUUCUGUGAUAAUCCAGACGUCAUCUGCUACAUCGCAAGGUGGAAAUGAAAAUUCCCCCUCUACUGAAACGGAGUUCACAGAAACCCUAGAACAGUCUUUACAUACUACUUCAUCAAAAGCUUCAGGUUCUUCAUCUUCUACAAAAGAUUUUUCAAGCUCUACAGACCAUUUUCAAACCAUUAAGGGAUCAGAGGCGGGAAGAAGAUUUUCUAUUGCUUCAACAGACAGCGUCUAUCUAUCAACCACAUUUGUACAUGGGGCAGAAAGGACUUUAAGAUCCCUGCCGGAUAACAGCACGUCUGAUGAUGCAGCAGAUAGCAACCCUUACAGUUCCCAAACUUCCAAAUCUUCAGAAGAAAGCUUGACCUUGUCUUCAGAGCCUGAAACAGAAACACAUAAUGUUUCACUAAGUGAAGUGCAAUCUAUUGGGCCUUCUACUGAGUAUUCACUGGACUAUUCCUCUGGAGUUCCUACAUCCUUAUCACCAAAUGAUUCAGCAAGUAUUGGAAGCCAUGAUAAUUCAACUAGUGGGCCAAGAGUUUUGCAUUCUCGCACAAUCAGCACUGAUAGUUCAGCUCCAUUCAGUGAAGGUGAAGAGCAAACUACCCAGCCUACAAUUAAUGCUACAGUGAUGGAAGAGACUGAAAGCGUCUCAUCACAUAUGGAAAAUGUUGACAGCACAAGAUCAAAACCUUCCUCAUCCAAGACAUACUCUAGAAUGACAGAUUUAUCUCUAAAAGAUUUGGAUAUCUCUCCAUCUUCAACUGAGGCCUUACAAAUUCUUAGUUCAUCAACCUAUUCUUCCCCCAAAAGUGAACUUUCAGACACUGGAACAGAAUAUCAACCAAUGAGUAGUACUGACUUUGGGAAACAGACCUCUGUUUCUCAUACUGACAGCACAUACACAUUAACGACCUUUGCCAAGGGUGGAGAAAGGACAUUGCUGUCUCUUCCAAACAACAACACAUCAGCUGACUCAUCAGGAAGUUCGACUUACUCUGCGGAAAUAUCCAGCGCUUCUGAGUCAGUUCAGUCUUUCUUUUCAAGCGACAUGGAUUUUUCUGAAAAUUCAACAGAACCUUUGGCAGUCCAUUCCCUGAAAACAUCAGAGUAUUCUUCUACAGUGAGUGAAGCAGACACGACUCAGUAUUACUCAGAAUCAGAAUCUGCAUCUACUGGCAGCUUGUCAUUUUCAUCUUCCUCUACAAGGCUGUCAGAGCAGGAUUCACUUCCACCAGUUCACCCAUCCACUUUUUUUUCCUCAGCCAAGUCUUCUGUCCCAUCCUCUUUUUCUGCUUCCCCGUUGCCAUUGUCAUCAUCUCCACCCACAUCUCUAAUGACAUUUUCACCCAUGUUCUCAUCCACAGAACCAACCACGUUGCCUUUCUUUCCUUCUGUGUUGCCUUCACUUUCUACAACACCAUUGUUGCUACAGCCUGGUGAAAGUCUUGAAACCAGUGUUUCUAUGACUGAGCCUGAAGGAACAACUGGAGCAGAACUACGCACAACAGGAAGUUCCCAUGGUGAAUACAGCCACCCGACUACAGUGUAUCCAUUGGCGAACAACACUAUUCUGAGGGCAACUGGGACUUCUCUUCUGACUGAAAUUACUGAGCAGACUGCCAACCGUUCUUUUCCAAGAAGCACUUCUCAAGAGGAAACAAAGGGACAGACACUUACUCUCCCAGGAAUCAGUACUGAGAACGAACCCAUUACAACUACCUCUUCACCAUAUUUCCAGGAAAUGACCACUACUUUUGAGCCAGCAAAAGCAACUACGGCUGUACUGUUGCAUACAAUCCCUCAAAAGGAUACUUUCCCUUCAUCAACAGUAACCAUGGGCAAAAAACCUACAGAAAUAACAUUCACACCUGGAAGAUUGCCUACUUCAGCAUCAACCAUGAAUUAUUUGUUCACUACAAAAGUUCAAAAGGUUCCAUUGCCCUCUCCUACUGAAAUUUCUUCCACUGGAAUUCCCACGAAAAUGAUGGAAAAGAGCAGUACAACUACUGUGAAAACCAAAGUGCCCGAGAUUGUUAUUACCUCUUCUCCCUACACCUUAACUUCCCACAAAACCACUCUUCAGUCUUUUCCUGCUUCACUGGUUCCUUCCAGACCAACCACAGCUGUGAAUCUAGGAAGCUCAAAGAUAUCUCCAACUCUCUAUGGAAAAGAUGUAGAUGAAUGUCUGUCUAAUCCUUGUCCAUCGAUGGCUACAUGCAUUAAUGUACAAGGUUCAUUCCAAUGCAUUUGUUCCCUGGGCUAUCAGAUGGCAAAAGGAAAAUGCAAUUUGGUAAGGACGUUUGUCGGUCACUUUCCACUAAUGUUUAAUACAACUGGAGGAACAUACUCAGAGCUACAUCAAAUUGAAGGAGUUAUCAUAAACCUGCUGAACGAAUCCCUUUCAACAUUUCCUGGUUAUUAUACUUCAACGGUUAAAGCCUCAAGGCAGGAAGGUGUUGUUCAAAUAUCCAUCCUGAGCACCUUUUCCAUGGCUUCCAAUAUCACCUUUUCUGAAGUAAUCGGCACAGUACGAAGCCGGAUCCGAGCCUGCAAAGCUCCCACCCUGCCCUGCCAGUUCAUUUCUAACCUGACCCAGCUCUACAGAGUUGGUGGUCUAUGUAAACAUAAAGAUCCGGAAUGUGACAAAGGGACUUCUGUGUGUGUAGACUUGGAUGGCAUUGCCGUUUGCCAGUGCAAACCUGGGUAUUUCAAAUAUAACAAACUGGAUCAUUCAUGCAGAGCAUGUGAAGAUGGGUAUAAACUUGAGAAUGACACUUGUGUGAGUUGUCCAUUUGGAUUGGGGGGAUUCAACUGCAGGAAUCCCUACCAGCUUAUCACCAUCGUGAUUGCAGCAGCUGGAGGGGGACUUCUGCUCAUCAUGGGAAUAGCUCUUAUAGUCACGUGCUGCCAAAAGAAUAAAAAUGAUAUAAGCAAACUCAUCUUCAAAAGUGGAGACUUCCAAAUGUCACCGUAUGCAGAAUAUCCCAAAAACCCUCGUGUUCAGGACUGGAGCAGAGAAACCAUUGAAAUGCAAGAGAACGGGAGUACUAAAAACCUAUUACAGAUGACAGAUGUUUACUAUAUGCCAGCUAAUCUAAGGAAUCCUGAACUAGAAAGAAAUGGAAUCUAUCCGCCCUACACAGGUCUUCCAGGAUCUCGACACUCCUGUAUCUACCCUGGGCAAUAUAACCCAUCCUUCAUUAGCGAUGACAGCAGAAGAAGAGAUUAUUUUUAACGCGGGUGGAAAAGGCAGUUGGGUAGCAAAUGAGACCUGUGUAUGCAGUGUGUUUCCCAAGUAUGCAGUCAUCAGACAACUCGGUCACAACUGUGUACAGAAGGGGACUUUAAAACUUGGAAACUGUGGAAAACCCCGGAAGGAGCUGCACACAAGGAGCCAUUCUCCAGCUCUUGCUGAGCGGCGAAAAGAGGGCAGGUGUGAAAAGCAAGUCCAUGCGUCUGGUUGUUGGGAAAGACAAAGGAGAAACUCAUUCUGUGUAUUUUCCUCACCACUAAUUGUGUCACAUAAUGUGAACAUAAUAAUAGAUCGUGAAAGCAAAACUAACAAACACUGUGGAUGACACGCUAAAUCUGAUGCCAUUAGGGUGUGUUGUGUUUACAGAUAGUAUCUAGUGUGCUAGGUUUGUGUUGCCCAAAUUUGUUAAUGCAAAGCUGGCUUGAAUGAAUGUUAUGGAAUGAAUCCUUCCUCUGUUGCCAGGUGUCUGCUAGGAGGUACUUACAGCAUGUUGCUCACCUAGUGGUGGAGAUGGGUACGGGAAUGUGGCCUAGAGAUAUGGGAUCCUCAUGCAGAACCCAAGGUGGGGUUUUAUCCCUCCUGAAAAGAAAAAAAAAUGAUUCUCCCAUGAUCUGUCCUGUUACUUGGUUAUGGCCUAAGUUUUACCAGUGCUACUUAACUCAUUGACCUUAUUCAUUAUUCCCUAGGCCAGAUACAAAAAAGUUAUGUUUAAUUAUGUUCUGUGGAUUUUUUUUCUUCCUUUCUAAUGUCUAAAGGUAAUGAGGAUGUAGAUCUGUCUAUAGAGAUUCUCAAUUAUCCAGGUCAUAGUUGUCCCAAAGCUGCUUUUUCCAAAAGGCAGCUAGACUUUACUUUUUUCUUUGAAAACCCUUUUGCUUCUCAACCAAGAAGCUUCUUCGGUUCUAUUGAAGAAGUUCUAACUUCAGUUAGAAUUGAAGAAGCUUCUUGGAUAAGAAGUGAAAUAUUUUCAAAGAAGAAAAUAUUUGGAAUGAGGGCGUAGAUCAUCUGCAUGUAAUACAAUCUUCUCUAAUAGAUUAUAUUAUCCAGAACCUGGCAAAGUUUUUCCAGGUCUGCAAAGUUGCUCCUACAUCAUUGCACAAUGUAAAGUUUGUAUUAGUGCACAAAAUGUACAAACAGAAAUAAUGCAAGACAGCUUAAUCUCAUACUGUAUAUUACUUAAUUGCUCAUAGACUUCUUUAUAACAUUUCCUGAUUUAUUUAUUUAUUUUUUUAAAAAAACCUUUGGGGAACUUUGAUAUUUGUUCUAAACAAGUGCUAUUCUGAAAAGAGAUCUUUGUCAAGGUGUGGCAAGUUGGUAGGUAUGGCUGAGUGGAACUUGAACUUAAUUAUGAAAGUUCACGAAUGGCGAAGGACCAGGUGUGCAGAUUAUUCAUUUGCAUUAGAAGAGUACAGAAUGUGAGCAAAUUGAACAGAAGAUCAGGUGAUCAGUUCAACUUUGGUCCAUCAGAAUCACAUGGAGCAGACUGUGCUUACCUUGUGCAGUAGUUCCCUAUUUGCAACACUGUACAAAAUAGUACACAAAAAUAUACAGUGACGCAGAAGAAAAAAUGCACAACAGAGGCUGCCACAUCCAGUUUGCCUCCAGGAUUGGCUACUCAAAAUGGAAUAAUCUAUGAAGUCCCUGGAACUAUCCUCCAUGGUUAUACCUAAUUCAGUAAUCAGAGGAGUAGACAGUUUAGCGCUGGUGAUAUUUUGGGGGCAUACUAUGGCCUAGUAAUAAAAUACUCAUUUAGACAAAAGGCAAGGCAAUGAGGUACGUCCAUUCACCAAUUUAUUUAUUAAGAAUGCCUCUGAUGUCUGACACGUUGUCAGAAAUAUAAGUUGUUUUGUAGGAUGCUACUUUGCUUUAGAGCAGACUAGCAUCACAUUCAUUGUUUCAAAUUAAAAUCCAGAAGAAGAAAAAAAUAGGGAAGAAAGCUUCAUGGGCAUCAAAAGACACAAUGUUAUCUCUGGCCAUAAUGUUGGAAAUCCAGGAAUUAUAACAAUUGUCCAAGGUAUUUCUGGGAAAAUUGAUCAUUUCAAGAAGCUAAGAUAAAACUAAAGCAGCCACAUCUGUACAUCUAAGCAUAUAUUGCUCCUCUUCUGUUUAUAGACUAAGUAGGGUCUAAUGAUAGGACAGGUGGAAGGAAAGAAAAGAGGGCAACCUAUAGCAAGGUAGAUGGAACCAGUAAUGGGUACACCAUUGGAAGACUUGAAAGACCAAGUUAGGGACAGAUCAUCUUAGAGAAAUUCUAUGCGGUCACUAAGGACUAACAUUGACUUGAUAGCAUAUAUGCAAUCAAAGUAGAUGAAGUAGCUUUUCCUCAACCUAUGCAGAGACUAUAAUAGAAGGUUAUUUUCUCAAAACACCUGGAACACACCAGGUUGGGAAAAACUGUAUUUUAUUUCAGUCUUUAACUUCUCCGUUUUUGAAAUGAUGUAGAAACAAUGUGUUGACAGUAUUUAUAUUGAACUGUGUGCUAUUCAGAUUGCUGCCUUCUAAACUGGGAUUUACUGCAUGAUGAACUUAAGACUGUAGAAAGCCCUCCAUUAUGUGAAGAUUUUUCCCAAAGCUGAUUGGACUAGAAGACCUCCAUGGUCCUUUCCAACUCUGUUAUUCUGAUCCUGCUUCAUAGGAAGUAUAAGUGUGAAUUAUUGGAUCCAACACAACAUAACUUGGGGCCGAAGGAGUGGGGUGGGGGAGCCUUUCAGCAUGAGUCAAAUUGUAUUUGUGCUGCCUCAUGAUUGCACAUAUACACCCAAAGAGAUGGUCAAUGCUGCCAUGAACUAGCAACACUGCCCUUACUAACUAUCUACUUGAUAGCUCCACAAACAACAUGGUAGGUCAAUGUGUCUCAAGCAGGACUUUGUUUUUAGACAGGAAAAAAAAAACAUCUGUGGUCUAUGUUCAUUUUCCAAGAAAGGUGUCAUUCCCUUAGUUUAAACAACCAAACUGUUACUUACACCAUCAAUUUAUACCACAAGUUUAAACAAAAUAUCUAAUUCCUUAAUUGAAUCCUGUCAUUAUAUCCUUCAACCUGAGUGAAUCCUGCCAUUAAAUAUCCUGGAGAUUGAGGUUUUGUACUAGAUGGAUAGGUUUCAUAUACUGUAGUGAAUUCUUAUCAUUUUGGCCAACCAUCAUUCUCAGUAUUUCCUUGGGGACAACCAUAACAAUUUCUUAACUUGUCAUAAAUAGGCACAUAUUUCCACUGCAGAUGUAUUCUUCAAAGAUGAUAACAGUGAAAGCUCUGUGGAGUUUAAUUUUGUUGCCAAGCAACAAAAAAAAACCCUUCCCUCCAUAAAGGGGAACCAAAGUAGUUAUUAAUUUAUUUAGCUGAAAUAAUUGGAUUUUUCCAGGUGAUCGUCUUGAAUCAUCAUUGUUUAAUAUCAGCGUGCUGAAACUGAUGUUUAAAAACCUUAAUUGGGUUUUAUUUAUUUACUUUUUACAAAGGGCAAGCUUGACUAUUUUGAGAAAAUAUUUAAGGUUAUGAAUAUAUGUACUUAUAUGAAAUACAUUCUAACAAACCAAAUAAUUAUUUCCCUUGGAGGCCUGGCCUUCUGAUGAUAACAUAAAUAUCUAUAAGCAUAGGCAUAUUAAUUCAGGGGUGAUCAAUUAUGCUGGCCCUCCUCUCAGCUGUAUUAAAAUUGCCUAUUCCUGCUUUUCUUUGUGAAAUUUAUAAAUCAGAUAUUUUUUGCAAGAAAAUAAUAAGCACUGAUUUCUAUGAAAUUAGUUUGCUUCACAGAAAGUUCUCCAGAGCAUCAUGUAUUAUCUUACAUCAUUUGUUAAAAUUUUAACUCCUGAGUAUGUGAAAAGUUUGAACCUAAUGUUAGUUUUACAUGAAAUCUCCGUCUUUCGUUUUGUUAUAAAAUUUACAUUUGUUACUUUUAUUAGGUCAUGCUCAAAGCUGCAUGUGAUACCUUCAAAGAGAAAUCAUGCCUUGUGUUUUUCUCCAUGAUGACCCUGAAUUACUGACCAUUAAUGACUUGUAAUUAUUGUAUUGUACCUUGUUCAGCUUUGCAUAUCUGUGAACAUAUCUUCUGAUUUGUUUUGGUUAUUUUAUUUCCCCACACAGUGUUAUUUAAAAUCGUAUCUUAUUUGCAACCUUCACUAAUUAUACAGUAAUGUAGUUCUAAAGUAUAAUUUCUAAAAAUUGGAUUAUUUUUAUACCAGCAUCCAACAUAUUUGAACUCUGGCGUUAUAGUCAGUAUGUUAAAAAAAAGGCUACAAUAAAAGUAUUAAUAAUAUUCUCAA